GUGCUAUGAAGAAAAAGAAGACAAAUUGAGGUUAGCAUUUGAGGUUAAGGUGACGUUAGUCACGUCAAAAAAGAAGAAAUUUAAAUGUUUUUAAGGUUCUCAUGAUCAAAAUAAGAAAGGAAAGAGCUCCCAGUUAAAGUUUAGAGAGUUCUGACUCGAAAUGGCCAAGAGAAAUUUUCUUAAGUUUGAACAAGAAGAGAACGUAGAUGAGACUUUAGUCAACGGAAAAACGAAGCCUCCUAUUAAGCAGCAGAAGUCUGGUUUAAUGAAAUUUUCGAAUUAUUUCAUCGCCCUUAGACCUUGGUCAUUAAGUGGAAGUCUCAUGCCAACCCUUUUGGGCUGUACAAUUGCUCAAAAAUAUCCAGGUGAUGUUCCCUUCAGCUAUCUUAACCUAAUCUUUACAGUCCUCACAGUUGUCUCAGUACAUGGGGCUGGUAACUUAGUUAACACUUACUUUGAUUACAUCAAGGGAAUCGACAAUCGGAAGGCUGACGAUCGUACUUUAGUGGACCACAUUUUGACAGAAGAGGAAGUAGUUACGUUGGGUGCUUUGCUUUAUCUUAUAGGAUGUGUGGGCUUUGUUAUGCUUACUACCCUUUCACCGGCUAAAAUGGAACAUUUAGCGUUAGUAUAUUUCGGUGGUAUUUCAUCAAGUUUCUUGUAUACUGGUGGCAUUGGUUUUAAAUAUAUUGCAUUAGCACAAACUGGCCGCAUUGAAUGGGCCUGCAUUUAUUAUGCUAUCCCACUGGCUCUUAACACAGAAGCUAUUCUUCAUAGCAACAACACCAGGGACAUGGAAUUGGACAGAAAGAAUGGGAUCGUCACUCUGGCCAUUCUCAUAGGACAUACUGCUUCAUACAUAUUGUAUGCUUUCCUUUUAUUUAUACCUUACAUAAUGCUCAUGGUAAUGUCAUUUAAAUAUUCAAAAUGGUUUAUGCUGCCUUUAAUCACUCUUCCAAGAGCUUUUGAAAUAGAAAAACAAUUUCGGUCAGGGAAUAUACAGAAUAUUCCAANAAAAAAUACAUAA